UACAGCGCAUCAAAUCCUCAGCCUGACCGGUAUCAGCUUCGAGCGGAAAAGUAUUAUCGGUUUCGUUGAGCUGCUGAUCGUGCCGACGAGCGAUUGGUUACCGGUGAUUCGACUAAAUUGUCGCCAGUGUCGCAUUUAUCGCGUUAUUCUCGACGACAGCUAUGAAGCGGAGAUCCACUACUUCGACCCAUUCCAGGACAUAUGUCAGGGGGAAACAAAAAACAAAUCGCUGGAGUUUUUCUCCAAAUCGCAUCUUGAAGUUGCCCGCCAUUCGGACCCGGACCAGAACAAAGGUGAACUGGUGAUUGUGGUGCCGGAGGAAGCGAAACAUUUGAUUUCCGAGGGACGUGGUAUACGGAUUGGCAUUGAGUUCUCGCUGGAAGACCCACCGGGUGGUGUGCAUUUCGUUAUCCCCGAGGGUGAGGGAACGAUGGAAGAGCGGGCAGCACACAUGUUUACGUAUGGGCAUGAGAACUCGUCCCGGAUGUGGUUCCCGUGCAUCGAUAGCUAUGCGGAACCGUGCACUUGGAAGCUGGAGUUUACGGUGGACAAAACCAUGACGGCGGUAUCGUGCGGUGAGCUGGUCGAGGUGGUAAUGACACCGGAUUUACAGCGCAAAACGUACCAUUACGUUGUGUCGGUGCCGGUGUGCGCACCGAACAUUGCACUGGCCGUCGGACCGUUUGAAAUCUAUGUUGAUCCACACAUGCACGAGGUAACGCAUUUCUGUCUGCCGCAGCUAUUGCCACUGUUGAAAAACACGGUUCGCUUUUUGCACGAAGCGUUUGAGUUUUACGAGGAAGCACUAUCGACGCGCUAUCCAUUUUCCUGCUACAAGCAAGUGUUUGUGGAUGAAAUCGACAACGAGUGUAAUGCGUACGCCACAAUGACGAUCCUGUCAACACAUCUGCUCCAUUCGAUCGCCAUCAUCGAUCAGACGUUUCAUUCGCGCAAGAUAAUGUCGAAAGCGAUUGCGGAACAAUUCUUCGGAUGCUUUAUCACGAUGGAAAACUGGUCGGAUGCCUGGUUGGCACGGGGGAUUGCGGAGUAUUUGUGUGGUUUAAAUUCGAAAAAAUGUUUCGGCAACAAUGCGUACCGGGCGUGGAUACGGUCCGAGCUGGACGAGGUGGUACGGUACGAGGAGAAGUACGGUGGAAUUAUACUGGACUGCAGUCAACCACCGGCACCGCCAGCUGUGUCGAGCAUUAACAAUUCACCGGCCGCACCGCAGAAAGCGUACAACGAUAAUCCGUUCUAUUUUCCCAUCAAGAACCUGCACACCAUGUCACCGAGGUAUAUUGAGAUGAUGCGCAAGAAAUCGCAUUUGGUCAUCCGGAUGUUGGAGCAUCGGAUUGGACAGGAGUUACUGCUGCAGGUGUUUAACAAACAGCUCGCACUCGCUUCUAAUGCGGCGGGAACAAAGAUCGGCAGUGGACUGUGGGGCCACCUGUUGAUUUCUACGAACGUGUUCACGAAAGCGAUCUUUACCGUGACUGGUAAAGAUAUGGCGGUGUUUAUCGACCAGUGGGUACGUACUGGCGGGCAUGCCAAAUUUACCAUGACCUCCGUCUUCAACUCGAAGCGUAACACGAUCGAGCUGGAAAUUCGGCAAGAUUGUGUGAAUCAGCGCGGUGUGCGAAAGUAUGUUGGACCAUUGUUGAUUCAGCUGCAGGAAUUGGACGGUACGUUUAAGCACACACUUCAGAUUGAAAACAUUAUCGUAAAGUCGGACAUUACGUGUCAUUCGAAGAGUCGGCGUAAUAAAAAGAAAAAGAUUCCGCUUUGCACUGGCGAGGAGGUGGAUAUGGAUCUGUCCCCAAUGGCAGAAUCACCCGUCCUGUGGAUACGGCUCGAUCCGGAAAUGACACUGCUUCGUUCGGUUAACAUCGAACAGCCCGAUUUUCAGUGGCAGUUUCAGCUACGCCACGAACGGGACGUUACAGCCCAGCUCGAAGCGAUCAAAGCGCUAGAAAAGUACGCCACACCACAAACGCGGCUCGCCCUUACCGAUACGAUCGAGAACGAUCGUGUGUUUUAUGAGGUGCGCUGUCAGGCGGCGACCUGCCUCACUAAAGUGGCGAACGCGAUGGUUACCUCCUGGCAGGGUCCGCCGGCCAUGUUAACAAUUUUUAAGAAAUUUUUCGGCUCCUUCAGUGCACCGCACAUCAUACGGCAGAAUAAUUUUACCAACCUGCACCAUUACUUCCUGCAAAAGACAAUCCCGGUUGCGAUGGCCGGUUUGCGUACGGCACACGGCAUUUGUCCACCGGAGGUGAUUCGGUUUUUGCUGGAUCUGUUCAAGUACAACGAUAAUUCGAAAAAUCACUACUCGGACAACUAUUACCGUGCGGCACUGGUUGAGGCUCUUGGGAACACGAUCACGCCUGUUAUCUCGGUGGUGCAUCAGGGCAGAGCGCUGUCCUCCGACAGUUUAUCGCAAGAUGCAAAACUAGUAUUAGAGGAAGUUACGCGGAUUCUGAAUCUGGAGAAGCAUUUACCGUCCUAUAAGUAUACCGUCUCGAUUGCGUGCUUGAAAGUGAUCCGCAAACUUCAGAAGUGUGGACAUUUACCAACGAAUCCAAAAAUCUAUCGAAGUUACGCCGCCUACGGUCAGUACAUCGAUGUGCGUCUGGCCGCUAUGGAGUGUUUGGUGGAUUACGUGAAGAUUGAUGGUCGCUGGGAAGAUCUGGAGCAUUUGAUGGAAUUGCUCGAAACCGAUCCUGAUCCGAUGGCUAGACAUCAGCUCGGACGGUACAUGAUCGAUGCGCUUCCGUUUGAUAAAUCCAACCGGAAUCGACUUGAUCGGGAAGCGCUUGCAUUGCGGAUCUGGGAAAACAUGAACUCGAAGUUAUCGCAUGACACACGGCUCCGUUGUGAUAUGAUCGAUCUUUACUACACGCUGUACGGUGUCCGUAUGCCGGCCUGUCUCUCCAACCAAGAGCUGAACGCGAUUUUACGCCCUCAGAAAGGCUCAUCAGGGUUCUACUCGGAUCGUUCCAGUCGCCGCAGUUCUCCAACGACGGAUGACGUACCACUUACUCCGUACGCGAUGAAGCGUAACCGUAGCCUUACACCAGAACAACCCGAAAUUAAGGAAUCGUUCGACUUGAUUGAAGUGGGUGAUACGAAGGUCAUGAUACCGCGCAGUCGUGACGGUUCCCCGUACGAUGAUGCAGAAAGUCGCGCCCGUAAGGAAGAGGACAAUGAGCGAGUGGCAAGGGAAAAUCAGCGCAUUAUUGAAACGGUUGAGGCGAGCAUUAAGAAGGAAGCUGGUGAAUCAAGCCACAAAGCAGGCGAACCGAUAAAGGAAGAAAUCAUCGAUCUGGACGAUACCGACACACCACCGACCAGUGCGGUUGAUAAGGAACCUUCUGCAAAGAAGAUAAAGGCGGAAUUUUACUCGGACAAUUCGAUCUCGCUGCCGGGCAUUAGUAUGGGCGGUGCGAAGAGUGCCGGUCCGACCGGAUUCGAGCCAGGAAUGUUUGCAAAGACGGGUGUGUUUAAUGAAUCAUCUUCGCAGCCGGAUCUUAACAGCGUCAAGUCGGAUAGUAGCAAGAAAAAGAAAAAGAAGGACAAAAAGAAGCAUAAGCACAAGCACAAACACAAGCACAACAAGGACAAAGAUCGCGAGCGUGAUCGGGACAAGGAUAAGGAGCGAGAGCGUGGGAAAAGCAAGGAGAAGAAGGAUCCUAACAUUGUGCGAGUGGUGCGGGAGGACACUCAGGAGACGCUCAGUUCGGCUGAUAGUUCUAGCCGAGACAGCAAUCCAACGACGCUGGAUAUAACGCUAUAGAUGAAUU